AUGUCAUUGGUACUCAGUUCGGACAUUAACGUUGAAGACACCGAAUCCGGUGGGCUUGCCGAGGACUUAUUAUUAAUCGUUACUAUCUUCACAUCAAUACACAAUGGAUUCAGAUCAGCCAAGAAUCGAACACGAAAGAUACGGAUUUAUCCAACGCCUGAAGAAAGAGAAAAGCUAAGAAAGAGGAUGGGAACCGUGAGGUGGACAUACAAUAUAGUACUUGAGAUGGUGCAGGAUGACGGGAUCACUGACAUGAGCGUUAUACGAAAGCGUUACCUGAACAAUAAAUGCUUCACUGAAGAAUUUUUAUGGGUAAAAGAGACUCCUAGGGAGGUACGUUCGGAUUGGAAUAGGAACAGAGGAGAAUACGCGUUCCUAAAGAGUAUCAUCACCUCAGAACGACCACCAGAGAUCAAUAACACGGGUUUCGUUCCCGAUGGUCAAUUAAUUGAGUGGGGCAACGGUGAUAUUGGCAAA